AUGUCAACAAAUUCAAAACGUCAGGCGGCUUAUGAGGCAGUUGAUAAACAUUUGAAUUCUGAUACAAGAAUAAUUGGGAUUGGAUCAGGUUCAACCGUUGUUUUUGUUGUUGAACGUAUCGUACAAAGAGGAAACUUUAAAAAGAAUGACAAUUCAGGUGAAAAAAACGAGAACUCGGACCAAAAGUUGGAGGAAUUAGAUUUAAAUCAGUGUGUUUUUAUACCAACCAGUUUUCAAAGUAGACUAUUAAUUAUCAAUAAUGGAUUAAAUUUGGGAGAAAUUGAUCAAUACCAUGAAAUUGAUAUCACAAUUGAUGGCGCUGAUGAAGUUGAUGAAAAUUUAAAUGCAAUUAAAGGUGGUGGUGCUUGUCACUUACGAGAAAAAGUUGUAGCAGAAAUCUCCAAAAAAUUUAUAAUUGUUGCAGAUUAUACUAAAAGAUCUACUGUUCUUGGUGAAAAGUGGAUCAAAGGCAUUCCAAUAGAAGUAAUCCCGUUCUGUUACACCUUAGUCCUUAACUCUCUUAAACUCCUAGGUUGUCAAAAUUUUAAUCUUCGUAUGGCAAAAAAUAAAGCAGGACCUAUUAUUACAGAUAAUGGAAAUUUUGUUGUAGAUGCAUAUUUUGGUAAAUUGGAUGGACAACAAUUUCUUGGAGAUGAUAAUCUUACGUUUAUUAAUUCACCUUCAGAAGUUUUAAAACGAAUUAAAUUGUUGACUGGUGUUGUAGAAGUUGGAUUAUUUGUCGGGAUGGCAGAAAUUGCUUACUUUGGCGAAGAAGAUGGUUGCAGUGUUGGUGUUUUAAAAAAAUGA